AUGAAAGAGGCAAUGGAAUUGCAUGAUCCGACUGAUAUGUACUACGCUCAACCUCUUGAAGAUGAUCUUUUUGAGUGGCAUUUCACUGUUCGUGGGCCAGCGGAUUCAGAUUUUGAAGGUGGUAUUUAUCAUGGACGAAUACUUUUGCCCGUGGACUAUCCUAUGAAGCCCCCAAGUGUUAUUCUGCUAACUCCUAAUGGUCGCUUUCAAUUGAAUCAGAAGAUAUGUUUAAGCAUAUCUGGCCAUCAUCCGGAAUCUUGGCAACCAUCUUGGUCUAUUCGCACUGCUCUUUUGGCUUUGAUCGGUUUCAUGCCUACUCAUUCCGCAGGUGCUCUCGGUUCCUUGGAAUAUCCACCUGAAGAACGUCGAAAGCUUGCUAAACUAAGUCGUAAUUGGGUGUGCAGAGAAUGUGGCUUAUGCAUGCGGGAUGCACUAAUUCAUGAAACAAACUAUGCUGUUGAUCGUGAUACUACGGAAGGACAUAGUUGUAACGACGUUAGUUUCAUUCCAAGUUUAAUUCUGAAACUAAAAACAAAAAGGAUUAUUAGUAAAAAAGUUAAGUAA